ACCUCCUUCCACAUUCUGUGGUUAUUUCUCACUGUGCCAGUAGGGACCUAUGCAUACAGUGUCCUUUUUUUGCUAGUUGAGAGAGGACCCAGGAGGGGUCCCAAGGAGGGACUUGAGCCCAGGGCCUCUGUGUUCCCUGGAGCGAAUGUGUUCUUUUAGGCCUGGUCCCACCUUGGCUCCGGACAGGCCUGGCUUCGCAGUGGGGGGAGGAGGCUGCAGAUUGCAGCAGGAAGCACAGCCAACUCUCUUGGGGAAUGUGACCCAAUGUCACCCCACGUUGGAGAAUAAGAGAAUAAUAGCUGGAGUUUUCAGAGUAGAAACACAGUCAUAUUCAGCAUCCCACCAACCUCUAGCAGUGAUUGUCAUUUCGGAUCUUUGUCCAUUCUCAAGUUUUUGCCUUGGGCUGUUAUGAAUGGGGGGAUGACUUGUGCCAUGUGAAUGCGAACUAUGUGAGCUUGUUGACUAACGUGGUAGUAAUAAGAGUGGUGAUGAUUACUGGGGAAAAGUUAGCGAUGGGGGCAGCUUCCCUGCUCUCUGCAUUAUUGCUUUGUUCCCCAGUUUCUGCUCCCCCAGCCUGUGAGUGCACCCCUCUGUCAUAGUUUGCCUGCCCCCUCUCCAAGCAGGUUGCUUUUCUAAGCUCAUGGGUAAAUAUUGACCUACUUGGGUUUCAGAUGCCUGCCCCAUGAAACUCCUGCUGGGCUAGAUAAACACACUGGGAAAACAUCUCUUGAGACUAAGAGCUGCUCUUGGAUAGGCUACAAUGCGAUGACCCGCUCAAUGAGUCCUUGCAAUGGUCAGCACUGUGCUGGCCCCCCCAGGCCACCAGGAUGGGGGGCAGACAGAGGUAGCCCUUCCCCCUGGGGCCUGUGGUCCAGCUGGGAAGAUAGGACUCAUGUACUGGGAAUGCUUGGAGGUUGUGUGCAAGACAGCUGCAAGGAUCCUGAAUGCGGAUUCUUGCCUGAGUAGGAGUAGCUCUCCGUGAACACCGGAUCCCUCCCCUUUCUCUGGUUUUAAGUGGAAUUCAGUCAAGUGCCAAAAUGUCUGCUGCAGACAAUGGGCAAUAUGGUCUGGCAGGAAAGGGAGCUUGGCUAGUGCUCUGUGGGGAGGAGAUGAGAACAGGGACGGGCUGUGGGGGAACUAGGCUGGGAGAAGGGAGUUGCUGUGGUUUGUUAAUCUGCUGGUAUUCAUCUCCCUGACAUGUCCCUGGACCUGCUCCUGGACUUCCAGCUUUUACUGGGGCCUCCUGCCCUAGAUCUCACUCAGUUGCGUGUGUCCAAAGCCCAGUCCCUUUCUUGCUUGUGAUGCAUGCUCUCUUCCUCUCUCCUGUUCUCUCAGCCCCCCGCCACCUCCCCACUUGAACCCUGCAUCUGCCUUCCUCUGAAAUUACCUGGGUUCUUCUGUCUGGUGUGGUUGCUGCCCAAGCUGAGAAGUCUAAGAGCAGGGAAAGAGUUGGAACGGUGCCAGCGGCAGGCAGACGAGGUGACGGAAAUCAUGCUCAACAACUUCGACAAGGUCCUGGAGCGCGAUGGAAAACUGGCAGAGCUGGAGCAGCGUUCUGACCAACUCCUGGACAUGAGCUCAGCCUUCAGCAAGACAACCAAGACCCUGGCCCAGAAGAAGAGCUGGGAGAACAUCCGAUGCCGGAUCUACUUGGGGCUGGUGGUGGGUGGCGGCCUGCUCGUCAUCCUGAUUGUGCUCCUGGCCAUCUUUCUCCCACAGAGCAGUGAGGGCAGCAGUGCCCCACAGGCCCAGGACGCAGGCGCUGCCUCAGGGCCUGGGGACUGACCCAGCUGGGCCUGAGGAGAGGCCGAUGACCAUACUGGCUGGUUCUGGUCUCCAGAGAACCCUGGUGUUUGCUCCCACCUGAGCCACCCAACUGAGUGCUGAAGAGCAUCCCUGAUGUGUGCACCUUUGCAUCUCCUGUCACGCCACAGACUGGCCCUUGAGGGCAGCCUGCUGCACUGGCCAUGCCAGGCCAGCCCCACCUGGAGCUCAGUAAAAGCUGCUGUUUGGUUAAAAGCUGCUGUUUGGCUAAAA